AGGUGUGAAUUUUGAAGCCGUUCAUAGGAGUGAAAUUUGGUUCCGUUCCAAGGAGUGAAAUUUGGUUCCGUUCCAAGGAGUGAAAUUUGGUUCCGUUCCUAGGAGUGAAAUUUAGAGCCGUUCCUAGGAGUGAACUAUGGUUACACUCUUGGUUACAUAAUCCAUUGUAUCGGGAGUAGGUGUUAAUGACGGCGCUAGAAAAUCAGCAGGCAACCGUAAAUUUUGUCCGUAAACUAAUUCUGCUGGAGUACAUUUAAGAUCUUCUUUAUGUGUUAUUCGUAUUCCUAAAAGUACUAUUGGUAACUUUUCAGUCCAGCGUUCAGAGGUAUCAUUUGCCAUCAGUGAACCUUUCAAUUGCCUAUGAAAACGUUCCACUAAUCCAUUUGACUGUGGAUGAUACGCAGUAGUGGUAAUGUGAUGACUACCUAAUAGCUUAGUCAGCUCAGCAAAUAGUUUCGAUUGAAACUGCCUACCUCUAUCUGAAGAAAUGUUUACAGGACAUCCAAAUCGAGAUACAUAGUUUUGAACUAGCGUUUUAGCUACUGUCUCAGCGGUAAUAUCGGCUAUUGGAAAUGCUUCCGGCCAUCGAGUUACAUAUCGGUUACGGUUAAUAUGUAAGCCAUAUUAUCGGAAAGAGGAAGCGGUCCUACUAUGUCGAUAUGUAUGUGAUCGCAUCUUCCUGAUGGAAGGUCAAACCGAGACAAGGAAUUACUAGCAAUCUAUUUGGCUAUCAAACAUUUUCGGUAUUUCAUAGAAGGUUUUGGCAAGCCAGCGAGUGAGGAUCUCCGAUCCUGAUCAAAAUAAAAAAGAAGUUCAACCCCACUUCAGAACUAUUUUUGGUGCGUGCAAAAAAUUUUUAUUUACUAUGAUUAGGUAAUGAAUCUGUUAGAGUACGUUUAUAAGUAGCAUUUACAAAAAUUUGCAGUGUUCUAACUUCAUUUCUCACUAAAAUCAUGGCAAAAAUGUAAAAAAUCAAGGGGUGGGCACUUUAUUUUGACAGCCACUGUACUUUAAUGUGUUGAGUGUACUCUGAGCGGUCAUCAAUGACAAACCCCAAGUACUUCAAACUUCGCGACGACGGUAUCACAGAUGCCCCGACAUGAAUAACCGAACUUUGCUGACUUCGGUGAGAGCUCACUAGAAUAUAUUCCGUCUUAACAGGUGCGAGUUCCAGUCGCACAGUAUGCAUUCAAGAGGAUAUAGUUUGGACCGACUCCUCAACAACUCUCUCGACCUCAUUGAUCGUACUACCUAACACCGUAAGUACAAUGUCGCCUGCAAACCCGAUUACAGUCGCUCCCGGUGUCAAGGGGAGCGUUAAAACGGCAUUGUACGUGAUGUUCCAGAGGGUCGGCCCUAGGACCGAACCCUGCGGUACGCCUGCCCAUAUUCUGCGCGCCACGGUACCUUGUGACGUUUCGUAGACCAGUACCCGGUCUCGGAAAUAGUCACCAAUAAGGUCAUAAAGGUACUUUGGCACUUGAAUUCGAACAUCUCUGGCUGCGACUUCAUGGCUGCAGCCAGCGCGGUGUGUGGUUAACAACGCAUUCGGUUCGGUUGACGUUCUGCUGAGGUGUGCGUAGCUAUUCGUUUCCGUAUCGCGUUUCACACCGUUUAAAUAUCAAUUUACACUCCUUGAGUUUUUUGUUUCGAUUUUGUAUACACUUCACUUUUUACGUGAUUUAGGUUAGUUUAAUUGUUUGUGACACACUUUCUACUCGACAAUAUUAUUGUUUUUUUUCUCUUUUCGGUAGUGUAAGCACUUUUAUUGCGCGUUUUUGCGCUUGGUUACGGAGCACUUUGUACAGGGUUUUCACUACCUUAAUCACGCACAUUAUGGUUAACACCGUAAGAAUUAUAUUAAGUUUGAAAUCGUGUGUCAAAUGAUGUUCUGUGUGAAUGUUUUGGGUUUGAAUCACUGUGAGAUCAUGGUCUCUUCCCAUUUCGGUUUCACUUAUUGUUUUUUUUUUUUGUUUUUAAUCACUUUCUACACCACUAUCAUAGUCACUGUCGUACCUAUGUGCAUUUCUUAAUGCUUCCGUAAGUUCUCUCUUAAAAUAUUGCACGUGGUGGUGGCUUUCUAUUAUGAGGUUCUCAAGAAUUCUAGUGUUGUUAUAAUCUUUAAUAUUGUCAACUUUUCUCAAGAAUGACCUGAUUCUUAACACUCCCUGUUCUGUGGUAUAUUCUUCGAAUGUCGCCAACCUUUUCAUUUGCUCGAAAAGUGCCUCGUGAAGAUUGUUCACUUCUUGUUUCAUUAUUUAUGUUGCACCAAUUUUAAAUGCACCAAGUUUGCAUUUUUUUUUAUGUCGUUUUCGCGUCACAAGGUCGCUUUACCUUGCUUGUUAUGCUAAAAACAUAACCACUGUCACGGUCGCCAUGUGGUAAACAACGCAUUCGGUUCGGUUGACGCUACGGCGCGCGUUCGAUUACAACGGUUUACUUCGCGGAACGAUCGGUGCGCGGCACUUACUGAAAAGUGCUGACUCGUACUUUUACACGGUGACUCAUUUGAACGAAGGUGGACUUAAACGAUUGGUGCCGGAUCGAGCCUUACCUCCAUUAAGGGAACACUGAUGAGUGGAAAUAAAACUCUAGACAUGUAUUACUUCACUGAUGUCAGAAUCUCGAGUUACAUCAGCAACAUGCCUCGUCCACGAUCUGUAGACCACAUCGCGGAUUCUGUGAGGUCCCCACAUCGCGGAUUCGGUGAGGCGAAUUGUGGGGGUCCGUGGUCGGGCUUUCGUCUUGCACUCCAGUGCUUCGGACACUUUCCGCCACAUCUCAAGCGUCUCAUUGUGGUUCUUGCAGGACAAUUCCAGAAGAAUAUUCCCCUAGAAAUUCAUCCUUACACGCUCCACUUUCUGCCGAUCAUCACCCAGCUUUUCCUUGAGGAUGCGCAUCAUCUCGUUCUGUGUUGUUUGUUGUUUCCAGCUCCAACGCAUCUAGGACGCGAUGCGCGCGCUGCUUCGGUUGUUUUGUUUACUGCUGUUGCUCCGGUUGCUGCUGCUGCUGCUGGUUCGUGUCAAGCGCCGCUGCUUCCGCUGCUUCCUCCGUGCCCGUCGCUUGGCCUGUUUGCUCAGAACUUUUGUCCAUUCGGGUGUUCUUGAGACUUGUCCUGGUCUGUUGUCCGUAGUCUUGUUCUUGUUUUGUCUGCGUUUGCGUUUCUUUGUCUUUUUGGCUGUUUGUGUGUCUGUGUGUUUGUCAGUUAUGUUGCUUGUCUCAUCGUUUGAAAGGGUCAAGGGUGUGUCCGUGGUCGUGGGGAUGUCAGAGUUUUGUGUGGUUUCGGUCUUUUUGUUUGUUUGUGUUUUGGUGUUUGUGUCUUUUGGUGUUUUUGUCAUUUUGUUUGUGUGGGUCGAAGGGUUGUUUGUUGGGGUGUCUUGUGUGUUUGUUGGUUUGUCUGUUUGUGUGGUGUCUUCGCUGUUUGGGUUGUCUGAUGUUUGGUUUAUCUGUGUUUGUGCUUGUGUUUGUUCCUGUGUCCACUGUUUUACAGCGUUCAACUUAAGCAGAAGCUUAUUGUUGGCCUCCAAGAUCAGUUCCGUCAUGUGCGUCAGUUCUUCCACCUCCUCUUUGGUCGGACCAGGUGACAGCUGUUUUCCGGGUAACUGGGGUGCAGGCUGGGCCUCCACGAGUGAAGACCUGGCCACAUUACCCGUGGACUGCCGCUCAACCGGUGUCGCAAUGAGUUCUGGUAGUUCGUCCACUACACGUGGCGGUGAUUCGGGAACGUCCGUCAUUGUUGUUUGUCCCUGUCUUGAUUUUCCGUCUUGUUUUUGGAGGUCUCCCGAGCCGGUCCCGACAGUCGCUUGGGGGAUGCGGUCAGUUACGGCCUGGAUGUACUGCGCGUCAUUGGAGCUGCCUUAAGACGCCUCAAGGUAGCGGUAUACCGCUCACUUGGCGUUUCCCUCAUUCUCUUCAAGAAUGAGGCACAGAUCUCCAGGCCUUCCUUCCGCAUUUGCGAUGGUGGGCCUUCGAGCACCAGCACCAUAACAGAAAAUCCUUUAAAGGUAGGUCGUGCCACCUCCGUUGGUAUGCAAACUAGAUACGACGGUCUAGCUACAUUCCGCCCGGCACCACGCGGAGGUGAAGGUCGGACUAUGCCGGGCUUUUUUUUUCUUUUUCUUCGGUUUGAGGGAAUGAUGCUUCUACAACAUCAGUGAUCACAAGACAUAUAUACUGGUACGCGCCAGGGACAUAAACGGUGGCUGCCUUUGGCAUACACGUAAUCUUCAUCUUGUUUGAAGAAGUCUUCUGAUCGUGGACCUUAACUGGUAUGGUAACCGAAACAGCAUGGUUCAACCACUUCGUGGUUGUGUGGGCCAAUAUGUAUGGACCUAGCCAUGACUGACCUCUCCAGCUCAUCUUCACGGGGAUGAACUUGAUUUUUUCUACAGGCACCUGUUCCUGCUUACUGUCGAAGAUCACGUCCGACACUGUCGAAGAUCCGCUGACUAGUCGUGAGUACUGGGAUAGUGUCCGCCAGUACAGGUUGCUUGCUCCAGCAUCUGUACCAAUCUGUGUUGAUGUUGAGUUUGUUGGGGCGCUCGUCCACUUGCGGGUUGUUCCAGCUACGUCAGCGUACCCAUUAGCAACCAAGUUCUGGACAUUACUUGUAGAGUAAGCCAUCCAUUCCACCGGGGCAAUACAGUGCAUAAGUAAUCCCAAUCUGAUGAGGGGCGCCUCGUCAGACAUCGACUGGAUGCCCGUUCUCCGAGAGGUCUCCAUCAAACAGAUCAAGGCACUCACGUCUUUCAUUCCUUUCACCGGCAUCAUUGACCUCAGCAACGUCGGGUUUGACUCUGUGUCGAUUAUCGACUUGAGCAUCAAACCCUGCUCUGUCAAUAGUGGUUCCUGGGCUUCAAGAGGGUUGUUGACACUAACACCCACUCCCGGAAACUUGUCGAUUGCGGAGUGCGUCGACCCAACCGUGACGUUAACAGCGAUCAGCGGAUCCGCCCACAUAACUGAGCUAUACUGAGUGACCUUCCCUUCUCUUUCACUUACUACCUCUUCGGUGUUACAAGGUAGAAAUUGUGUUCCGCUCGGAACCGGAUCUCUUAGAGGUUCAGCAAAUAACUUGGCCAAGAGUGCCGACGCACCUGCACUUGCUGACGGUGUCCCGGAAGGACCUCCACUGCCAACUGGUCGACCGGGGUGAGGAUCUCCUCCAUCUCCAGAAGAUCCACUUCCCCCUCCGUCACCAGGGUCGCCUCCACCACCCGCUGGACUAGAACCGCCGCCCUGGCCACCGUUGUUGCUACUACCACUACCGCCCUCCCCAGCGCCCGACCGAUAGUUGACAUUCGCAUUUGAAUUUGCUCUGCCACCGUCGUGCCUCGCAAUGGAGUUGUCGUGUGAUUGUAGACCAGCUGUGGCCUGGCGAGUAAUUCGCUUUCCAACCCCUGUUCUAGAAGGUCUGUCUGUUGUGCUAGUUCCAACAACCUCCCACGAUCCGUGUCCGUCUGUGUUCCCCUGGACUCCCUCACGAAACCCAGAGCGCGAAAUAUUUUCCAAACCGUCGACGAAAACGGUUUGGACGGCGGACUGUGAGGAGUCCGCCAAUUGUGGACCAUCGACGUCUGUCAUGAUCCUGUAGGUAUUUUUUGUUUAGGUGUUCCUCUUCACCGGUCCUUUGUACCUUAGAUGCGCCGUUGCAUCCUUAGAUGCCUUAAUAAAAUUAGGCCUAUCUUUGGAAUUAUCUCCAAAUUUCGGCAAGCAUACAACUGCUUGCCCCUUGAAAUAGAUCGUCCAAUCUGAUCCAUCUGAUUCCUUUUUGAUAAACAUUUAAGGGAAUAUUAUUGUCAACCCUUCUAGUUGUUGUUACCCUUGGCAAAACUUUCCUGCUCCGGUAAAUUUGGAAAUAUAGGAGAAUGGGAAGAAGGAAUAAGAUUGGUCGUUGCACAAGCCGAGCUGACCGAACCUUCGAGGGAAGGAGGGAAGGAACCGACAACAAGCAAAGAACUCAAUUCACCGGAGAACUCAGUUCUGUCGGACCUGCUGCGCUGUGAAGUUUUCGCUACCAUAGCUACUGUCUCUUGAGGACUGUCGAUGGUAGCAGCGGGCAUCCUCCUUCACCAGCAAACAGAUCGGUACUACGCCUGUAAUUACGGCGGCCGUCUCGUAUCGCACCGUUCUGAAUGCAGAUGCUGUCCGCAGGAGACAUUGUCGCUGAGUACGCUCUAGGAGCCUGCGGUUGACUUGUCUCUCGACUGCAACAGCUCAAUGUGCGGGAAAGAUGGACGCUAUGAAGGGAAAGAUGGACACUUAUAUAAACUUACAGAUUUUUAUUUCUUUUCUUUUUUUUAAGUUUAAGAAGAUGAGUAUGUUUUAACAUAAUGUAUUGUUCUUCGAUUUCAAAUGCAUAAACAAAGAUAUUUAUUUAUGAUAUUGUUUAAGUCUUUUAAACGUGUUAACAUUCAUUGCAAAAAAUCAUUUAAAUAACUAUAAGGAACGAUUGACAAUUUUACUAAAUGUUAAUAUCAGCUCUGGCAGACUGUUGUAGAGGAGAUUGUUUGCCCGAGGAGACAAGUAUUUGUGACGAACAUGUUGUUUAGAUGUUCUGAUUUGAAUUUGUUUUGAUGUGUUGAUUUGAGUUAGAUUUGAACUCAGUAUUUGAGUGAACGCUGUAGUGUCGGGCAAACUUGUCAUUGGGCUGCUGUGGAAAAACUCUGCAGAAAUCCCCAGCGUGCUUCCAUAGACUAGCUCGGCGGGCGAUGCCUUGAUGUCAUCUUGAAUGAGCACCUCAAUCCAAGGAGAAUCAAGGGUAGAUGGUCGACCCAGUGCGUGGUGUCCUUGCGGCAAAUCGCCGCCUUUAACGUCCGAUGCCAACACUCAAUCAAUCCAUUGGCUUCAGGGUGGUAUGCCGUGGUCCGCAGAUGUUUACUGCCAAGCGCCUGGGUAAGCUCGGUGAAAAGUGCUGUCGAUCAGAUAUUGCU